AUGCGUGAAGUUUUAGGUGUACUGUCCUCAAUGCUAGCUCCUGUUUUCUCCCUUGGACCACUGAAUCUUUCGAGUCAUCAGGCCCACGAAGACGAUUUGAAACAACUUGGGUCAAAUCUAUGGAAAGAGGACCCCAACUGUCUUCAAUGGCUCCAAUCAAAAGAGCCCAACUCUGUGCUGACUGAAUUUGCUUGGGGGAGCUUGCAGGCAAGUUGCUGCCCACAGGUACAAGUUUUGAGCGACCCUUCUGUUGGAAGGUUCUUGAAUUCCACAAUAGAAAGUAUAUCGUUUGGUGUUCCAAUGAUCUGCUGGAAACUAACCGCAAUGUCAAGAGAGAUUAAGUUGCUGGAUGAGUUAACGGAACGGGAAAAAGGCAAAGCGACGAAGAAGAUGGCGGAAGAGGCCACCAGCUUCCCCAAUGAUUCGCCUUAUAAAAGUCUAAGCCAAAUCAUAAACCAAGUUUUGAUCUCUCCAUUAGGUUAA